AUGACAUUUUUAGACUCAGUUCACCAUUGUGUAACAGGCCACUUCUACGGAACAGAGAUGCUUGUUCUGCCAUCACACGUGACAUAUCUGCUCUACAGUUGCGUCACCAAGAUCCAUGCAAUCGACCUUGGUCUCUUUCUGAAGAUUCUGAACACCUUUUUACUGAGUUUGUUUGUAUGCUUAUUGACUAGUAUGCAUAAAACAGGUAUAAAAAGAGUCAUUGGAAGCACUCUACUGGUCGCUUCAUUCAUUCCAGAGCUAAAAGGCAGCUUUCUGGUUGAUAACAGGCUGUUUGGUGCCAUUUGUCUCCUAUGGUUUCUUAGGUGCCAAUCAAUUCCAUCUGCUGCAUGUGCUACCCUCAUGGAUCUCCACAAUCUUCCAUUUGUGAUCUACCACUUUCUCACCGUAUUCAUCACCAAUUUCUACCACAAUUACCUAAGAAGGAAAUCAAAUACCGGAAAUGUGAUCCAAUUCGUCUGGAAGAUCAUAGCCAUCCUCAUCAGCUGGUUUCUGGUUGCAUUUAUUGAUUUCAAAUUGAUCAGAAGUGAAUAUUCCACUUCAACCUACAAGUAUGAUAUCGGUAUAAGAAACAAUUAUGUGAUAAACAAGACCACUGAUGAUGAUCCAAAUGGCCUGUUUACAACCCAUAGAUUCAUUAUGGAUAGAAGUGUAGUUGAUUUGAUCAAUUCCAGGCACAAGAAUGUUUAUGAAGGAAUAAUAUUUGAAAAGGUGCAUGAUACCGUUGAUAUUGGAGAAGAAGAGCGAUUCAUACGAUACAACGAUACAAUCAAAAUACACAAGAAGGAGGGUGGAAAGGUGAUCUACCUGAAAUACGGGGAUACAAAUGAUACGACAUUCAACUUCACAGAUUGGACAGAUGCUGAUCUAACUGAUGAGAAUUCGCUUUACACAGUUCAGGAUCCAGAAGACCCAAAUAGCAAGGAAUAUUUUGAAUCAAGAAAGGUGUUCAAUAUCGUCCAUAAGGAUAGUGAUCAGAAGAUGUGUACGAAAUUCGACCAGAAGAUCUAUUUCUCAGGUCGAGCAAGAAAGGCAUCCUGUGAAUACGUGGCACAGACCAAUGAGAAUCAUCCGUAUUACAUCAGACACUUUGUAAUGGAUAAGGCACGAGAGACGAAAUUGCACUAUCAGAAAAACAGACUGAAUUUGCUGAUCUAUUUCAAAUUCAUAAGAAAACACGGUGGAAUUCCGAUUGGGCAGCAGGUGAUCGUGUUUACGUGUGUAUUUGUGCUAUUAUAUUUCAUUCUGAUGAUAUUGAUCACCAUCAGGGAACACUUCUUUGAUGGUAUCCUAUCAGUUGAGUUUGCUGGUGCAGUUGUUGCUCUCGUUGCAAUGGCUGCUUUUGGUUGCAAUUUCUAUUCAUUUGUGGUGGUCUAUUACGGCUUCAUUCUUGAAUUCAGUGGUGCAAUACAAAAGGCAUUGAAAGGGGAUUCACACUCAAAUAGGGACUCAGACGUAGAGAUGGCAACAACAAACAAGAAGAAUAAGUAA